AUGAGGCCACCUGACGAGGAGCUGGUGGUGGAAAAGGAGAAGGGCCACAACGCGACAGGUCUCGGCUGCAGCUGCCCAAAGAAGAUGGCAACCUGCCAGCGGCGGCCGCCCUUCCCGCUAGGCGAGUGGCCGCGCUCGUUCCGCGCGACCCCCGCAGCUCUCCGAAGGAGAGCCGCGGAGUGUAACGGCCCAGACGUGCUGCUUGGCAUAUCUGUGUCCCUGCCCCUGUGCCUUCAGCUUUGCCGCGAAGUGCCGGAUUGCCAAUUUGUAGCCUACGGAAUUGGCAAAAAGAAGGGGCAAUGCCACUGGGAACUCAACGAGUGCCUGGACUUCGAGGACGACUCGUACCUGGUCUUUGACAUCACCCCCACGCUGCACGCGGGGCAUGUGACGGCGGCAGCUCGCCAUGGAUGCUCGUUGCAGUGCGCACUUGCGGGCGAGGAUCUUGAGGAGGCCAACCAAGAACCGAUGGAGCCUCGCGAAGGGGUCGACCUGCUCAUCACGGAGGAAGGUUGGGGGCUGAGUUCUGCGAACUGGCUCAUCCGGCGCAGCGACUGGAGCAUUGCAUUUCUGGAACGGGCCUUUGAGCUAUGCCACGUCGACAUGCCCUUGUUUGGGGACCAGGAUGCCAUGAUUCACUUGCUCCUCAACACCCGGGCGCUGUCCACCAAAGCAGGGGACGCCUUGGACCCUCAUGCCGUCAUCGUGCCGCAGAGGGAGCUCAACGCCUAUGAUGCGAUGAACGCCCACUUCAUGGGAUGCGACGCCUUCCAGGACGGAGACCUGCUGGUGACCUUCCCAGGAUGCAAGGACCCCGCUGCCUGCAACCCCAUCUUCGAUCUGGCGAUGGCCUACUCCAACGGCUCCUUUUCCCUGGGGACGGAGGAAGUGCGCACGGCCGCCAGCAUCCGCCUCUUCGGGCCCCCAGAGUUGGCUGCAGAGCUCUACCACGCCUCUCGCGGCCGACGCUGA